AUGCAAAAGAAAUAAAAUAGAGUCGUCCAUUAAACUGAAACAAACGCAGCACAUAACAUAAUAUCUCUCUCUGCAAUUCGUUCUCUCUCAAAAUUUGUGUAGUGUGUGUAGGGAGAGGCUAAACGACACCGUUUUCAGUGUCUCUGAGAAUGGAAGCGCGAACUCGCUCUGUAGAAGACAUAUUUGAGGAUUUCAAGGGCCGAAGAGCGGGCAUCAUCAAGGCCCUUACCAGCGAUGUUGAAGAUUUCUACAGCCAAUGUGAUCCUGAGAAGGAGAAUUUGUGCUUAUAUGGAUUACCUAAUGAGCACUGGGAAGUAAAUUUACCUGUUGAAGAAGUUCCUCCAGAGCUUCCUGAGCCUGUCCUGGGCAUUAACUUUGCUAGGGAUGGCAUGCAGGAAAAAGACUGGUUAUCUUUAGUUGCUGUUCAUAGUGACACAUGGUUACUUGCCCUUGCCUUUUAUUUUGGAGCCAGAUUUGGAUUUGAUAAAACUGACAGGAAAAGACUAUUCGGUAUGAUCAAUGAACUACCAACAAUAUUUGAAGUUGUUAGUGGUGCAGCAAAGAAACAAGUUAAAGAGAAGUCUUCAGUUUCAAACAACAGUGGCAGCAAAUCUAAGUCUUACUCUAAAGCGCGGGCUUCUGAAACCCAGGGUAGACAGUCAAAGGCAUUACAAGCAAAAGAUGAGGAGGAAGGACUAGAAGAGCAAGAUGAUGAUGAACAUGGAGAAACCUUGUGUGGGGCAUGUGGUGAGAAUUAUGGUACUGAUGAAUUCUGGAUUUGCUGUGACAUCUGUGAGAAGUGGUUCCAUGGAAAAUGCGUGAAGAUCACCCCUGCUAGGGCAGAGCAUAUCAAGCACUACAAGUGUCCAUCAUGCAGUAACAAGAGAGCUCGCUAAGCAAGUUUCCAUCAUGGGAACACUUUGUUCGAUCUGGUUAAUGUUUUUCUUUCUAGAUGUAGUUGAUGGAUAGUCUUUCUGUUUGACACGAGUAGAUUUCUUGUCUUUUAUGUGGGAUUAUGCUGUGUUGGUCGUGUAGCCUGCUCGUCAUUUGAUGCUUUCAUGGGAGCAUUAUUGAGUUGGGAAAGUUAAUUUUUUUCAA